AUGUUCCAACCUUUCCGCUCAAUCUGCGACUCAAUGAGCGAGUUGAGCGUUGACGGCGACGUCCCGAUCCGUGGCCUUCCUCCGUCCAAGCUUGUCUCAUUGGAAGGCUGCAUCAGACGCAGCAAGCCCGAACCAGAAGCGAAGCGAAAAAGGCAAGACGAGGCAAGAGACGAAGACUCUACCCGGAAGCACGUCCGCUUUGACCUUGCGCAAAUCCAUCUCGUCGAAUCUCAUGAGGAUCUGUGUCCAGUCCAGGAAUCCCCGCCGCUCGACUCUUCGGACCCCGUCACGGACCUCAACCGCAAGUCGGGUCGAUCCAGCUCGCCUCAGGAUGGUAUCAUCAGCAUUGACUACAUGGGAAUAGUUCAGCAGGCUCUCUUGGAUGUGGACCGGCCGCUGCUUGAGCUGCCCUCUGGUCUUGGAAAUAGGGCUGAAGUCCUGCGGAAUGUCCGGCGUGAGAGGAGCGUGGACGACACUGUGAGGAUCGUCAACCAUUAUCUCUACUGGUAUGCCCAGGCGCGCGCUGAUCUUGGGCGGGAGGAUACGGCGUACGGUCGAUUUUGUCGUGAAAAGGUGCUUGCCGAUGGUCUGAACAAGGGCGAGGGGUCCAGCGAAUGA